AUGGCUCAAUCUCAAGCAAAUUUCACAGAAGAAACGAGAGCAUAUUUAAAGAAUCAAGAAGCUUCCAUAAAGAAUCUGGAAAUUCAGAUUCGUCAGCUUGCCAAACAGAUGGCUGAGAGGUCUCCAGGAACCUUUCCUAGUAAUACAAUUAUUAAUCCCAAGGAACAAUCUGCACCCAGUAGUGAAAAAGAUGCAGAGAAGGAAAAUCCUGCUGAAGAGAAAGCUGACAAUCCUUUCGAUAGAGAUGUCACAAUAUUUGGAGGGUCGUUAACUGAUACCUCACAUAAGAAAGUAAUAAAGAAGCUUUCUUUAGAGGAAAUGAUGAAAUCACUUGGUGACAAUCCUUAUGUUAAGGCUCCUUAUCCUCAAAGGUUACAGCAGCACGAGCAGAAGAAAGAUUUCUCUAAAUUUUUAGAGAUUUUUAAGAAGCUUCACAUCAAUAUCCCAAUCGCAAAAGAUUUAGAGCAAAUGCCAUCAUAUGCUAAGUUUCUAAAAGAGAUCCUAACCAAGAAGCGGAAGCUCACAGUAGAAGGAUCUACUAUUUUGACAGAUGAGUGUAGUGCAAUCAUGCAGAAGAAUUUACAUACGAAAUUAAAGAAUCCAGGGAGUUUUAGUAUUCCUUGCACGAUUGGCUCAAUGACAAUAGAGAGAGUUUAA